ACCGUAUUUACCAGUUACAUCAAAGUAGUUCUUGUUUUGUAUUUGUUGAAUUUACACACAGGUGAGUUCGUACCUACGUGAGUGUGCGGGUAUAGGUGCAAUCUACGUUGCUUUUUUUCCACCUACUCUGCGGGUACCAGCGGCGUUAAAUAAAAAUGCUUCGAGAACUUUCGCUCCUUAUUAUAGGAGCUGGUAUGGUACUAGCUCAAAGACGGUUAGCGUUGCCUGACCCUAGGAGUUGUGCCAACCGUGUGCGUCACGCGACUUACAGAGACGCUCGUGGUGUGGCACAUUCAUAUUUCUUCAGUUGGGAACACGGGCCCACCAGAAGCUUAGAGGUAGAUUGGCUUGACGCUCGAAAUAUCUGCAGAAGACAUUGUAUGGAUGCGGUUUCCCUGGAGACUCCUCAAGAAAAUGAGUUUGUUAAACAACGGAUAGCUCGUGGAAAUGUGCGGUACAUUUGGACAUCGGGACGUAAAUGUAAUUUCGCCGGUUGCGACAGGUCCGAUUUACAACCUGCCAAUAUCUUUGGAUGGUUUUGGUCAGGAUCCGGUGUUAAAAUUGGACCAACAACACAGAGAAACUCCGGAGAUUGGAGUCAUACAGGAGGAUACGGACAACCACAGCCCGAUAAUCGAGAAGCGGCACAGGGUAAUGAUGAAUCUUGCUUGUCAAUCUUAAACAACUUUUAUCGAGACGGUAUUAAGUGGCACGACGUCGCAUGUCAUCAUGUGAAGCCUUUUGUUUGUGAAGACAGCGAGGAACUUUUAAAUUUUGUUGCGUCACGUAAUCCCGGAAUAAGACUUUAAACCACAGUACCUUACUCUUUGUAUUUAUUAAAAAUAAGCAGUAUUCGUAAGAGAAUUCUCAAACUCUACAUAAAUACCUGCUUCUUACUUUCUUUUACCUUACACGUUAAUCUAGUGUUGCUUUUCUUUACUGUACCUAUUUCCCCUAUUGUAAUUUGUAAAUGUACAUAGACCUACCUAUAUAUGUAUUACCUAUUUAUGCAUCUAAUGUUUUAUAUAUACUUACGAUAUAAUUUUUUUAAUUGAAA